AUGCUGCAACUCGCCUUGCUGUGCGCCGUCGUGCAACAGACCACUGAGCGUGCACACUUUAGCCAGUACAAGAGUGCUCAGACCUUGUACGACGCUGUAGUUGCACGCUACUCUUCCCCUGCCACUGCUGCACUGAGCCGCCUCAUGCUACCGCACCUCUUCCCUGACCUUGCUGCCUUUCCCACAGUCGCUGACCUCAUUACGCACCUCCGCACUAGUGACACUCGCUACCGCGCUGCACUUCCUGGUGAGUUCUGCACCAAGAACCCCCCCCCCAUGUACAUCACCUUCUACUACAUAGUCACCCGGCUCCCUGACUCUCUUCGGGUAGUCAGGGGCCACUUCCUCUCUGUUUGCCCCACCACUCUCGCCGUUGACCUCCUCGAGAAGGCCCUCCUAGCGAUAGAGAAGAGCAUAGUCGCUGUAGGAGCCUCUCGUGGUGACCCUCGCACCCCCGUCUUUGAGGGGUGUUCUCCCUCCCCCCUCUUGCCCUCUGUUGCCUCUGCUGCUGCGGCCGACCUCGUUGGUUUUGAGUCGGUCGGCGCUGCAUCUACCCCGAGCGGGAGACGCCGCACUGGCAAGGGCAAGGGGGGCAAGGGCACUGGAGGGGCUGGCGGGGGCGGUGGAGGUGGUGAUGGAGGCAGUGGAGGGAGUGGGGGUGGUGGUGGGAGUGGUGCUGGGGGUGGCGGCGGCGGCGGCAGCAGUCGAGGCGGCGGAGGCAGUGGAGGUGGCGAAGGGAGCGGAGGCGGCGGAGGUAGUGGAGGAGGCGGAGGUGGAGGAGGCCGCGGAGGCGGCGGCGGCGGCGGUGGUGGAGCGAAUCACGACUCUGCGCAGAGGAGUGGCGCCGGUGGUGGUCAGCGCCAGGAGCAGCAGCGGACUGGAGUGACCCUGUCCCCUCAGCAGCUUCGUGAGUGGUACACUGCGCGCCAACGUGGUGGGGGUUUUGGUCCCUACUCUUACGUCCUCUGUACCGGCGACCGCACUGGUGAGCAGUGCGGAGGCCCGCACUCCACCCAGCGCUGCUUUGGUCGCCUGACAGACGCCUGGCGUCGCCAAUUCCUUGAGGCGUCAGAGAUCCCUCGCUGGGGAGAUCUGGCUAAGGCCGGGGUUGCAAUCUUUGAUCUUAACUUUGAUGAUAUUCUUGCUGCCAUGUAUGCUGUUGCUGAUAGUGUUGAGGGUGCCUGUUACCUGUGUGUACCGCCUGACCCGGGCAUUGAGGCUGCUGCUCUAGGUGCUGGUGAGGCUGCUGCUCUAGGUGCCAGUGCGUCUGCCGCCCCAGGUGCUGGUGAGUCUGCUCUCUCAGGUACUACGUCGGCUCAGGCCUUCCACACCUUCACCCUGGACUCGGGUGCGUCCCGCUCCUUCUUUCGAGACAGCACCACUCUUACGCCACUUAGUCGGCCGGUUGCAGUCUCCUUGGCAGAUCCCUCUGGGGGUCCUGUCCUUGCUAGCUUCUCCACUGUCCUUCCGUGCCCUGCAGCCCCCUCUGGCACCCUGUCUGGUCUCUACCUCCCCUCGUUCUCUAUGAACUUGGUGAGUGGAGCGGACCUACAGGAUCGAGGGGUAGCUGCGUCGAGUCAGGUGUUUGCUGCGGCGUCCAGGUCUGGUCCUGAGUCUACCCCCUGCUCGUGUCGUCUGCUGUCCCACCAGACUCUCCUUUGGCACCACCGCCUUGGUCACCCCUCCCUGCUUCGUCUCCGAGGCAUGGCCUCUCGUGUCCUUGUCUCUGGUCUCCCUCGGUCUCUCCCUCCCCUUCCUCUAGGGCCUGGCCCUACCUGCGUCCCCUACGUCAAGGGGCGACAGCGCGCCGCCCCUCACUCCUCCGAGUUUCCUCCGACAGAGGCUCCGCUGCAGACGCUACACAAGGACGUGUGGGGCCCAGCCCGCGUCAGUGGGCAGGGGCACGAGCGGUACUUUCUGCUGGUCGUUAACGACUAUUCGCGUUACACCACAGUCUUCCCCUUGCGCAGCAAGAGUGACGUCACUGAGGUGUUGAUCGACUCGAUCCGCGCAGCUCGUCUCCUGCUCAAAGAGAGUUUCGGCUCGGACUUUCCUGUUCUACGUCUGCACUCGGACAGAGGCGGGGAGUUUUCCGCUGCCCGUCUGGGAACCUUCUGUCGUGCACAGGGAAUCCGCCAGACCUUCACGCUUCCGGCCUCUCCACAGCAAAAUGGGAUUGCUGAGCGCCGCAUUGGCAUGGUCAUGGACGUCGCUCAUACGUCCAUGAUGCAUGCGGCUGCCCCCCAUUUUCUGUGGCCGUUUGCGGUUCAGUACGCCGCGCAUCAGCUCAACCUUCAGCCCCGGGUCUCCUUGCCAGAGACCUCCCCCGCCUUGCGAUGGACCGGGGAGGUUGGCGAUGCGUCUGCGUUUCGGUUUUACCACCCCACCUCGCGCCGUGUUCUGUCCUCUCAGGGCGUCACCUUUGACGAGUCGGUGCCUUACUACCGUCUCUUCCCCUACCGGAGUGUGUCCCAGGUAGACGCAGUCGAGCGUGUCGAGGUAGCUGUUGACUAUGGUGCUGCUAGAGGUGCUGAGCCUGCGAGUGCCGGGUCUGAGGGUGCUAGGUCUGGGGGUGCUGAGACUUGGGUUGCUGAGCCUGGGGGUGCUGAGUCUAGGGGUGCUGAGCGUGGGGGUGCUGAGUCUGGGGGUGCGGAGCCUGGCGGUGCUGGGUCUGCUUGUGUGGCCGCCGGCGGUGCUUCCUCGAGGCGGGAGCCGCUCUCUCCACAGGUGCUGCGAGAGUGGUUCGCCCGCCGCUGGAGACGUGCUGCUGAGCCUGGGGGUGCUGCUGGAGCUACUGGAGUUGGCUCUACUGGAGCUGUUGUCGGUGCUAGUGCUGCUGGAGGUGGAGCUGCUAGGGGUGUUGGCGCUGCUGGUGUUUCUACUGGUGCUGGUGCGUCUAGGGGUGCUUUUGAGGCUGCAGGUGCUGACGGUUCUACUGGAGUUGGUGCUGCUGGAGCUGGAGCUACUCGGGGUGUUGGCGCUGGCGGUGCUGCUGGUGCUGGUGCUUGA